AUGCCUUCCGAAGAACUUACUAAUCCAAAUAGCUCAGCUACUCCUUUUGAUGAUGAUUCCCACCGUAACGGAAAUGAAGCUAGAGCACACGAUAAAGAUAAGAAAGUAAUCACAAAAUCACGAUCUACAUUGGAAGAUCUUCAAAAUGUAUUCAAUCCAAAGAUCUACGUACCUGGUUCUUACAAAUAUUCUCGUCAAUACUUACGUGAACGCCUAAGUCGUUCUAUUCUCCAUGAAUUCAGUAUUGAUGAACAGAAAACAAGAAUUGAAUUGGCUGCCGCUUAUCGACUAGCUGCAAAAAAUGGAUGGCUAGAAUCUAUCUAUAAUCAUAUUACGUGUAAUGUGACUAGUUCAAGUGGCGAACGUCAUUUAUUGAUCAAUCCUUUGGGCCUGAACUACUGUGAAAUUACUGCAUCAUCACUGAUGAAAAUUGAUUAUGAUGGAAAUAUGAUUCACCCAGGUGUAGUUGGCGACAUUAUGGGACUGAACAAAGCUGGCGUCAUAAUCCAUUCUUGCGUUCAUCGAGCUCGUUCGGAUGUUCACUGUGUGUUUCAUAAUCAUUACUUAGCUGUCGCCGGACUCUCGGCAACAAAGAAUGGAGUGAUCGAAUUGACGCAGACUGCACAUAUAACUGGAGAGAUUGCUUAUCAUGACUAUGAGGGCAUUGUUAGAUCGACCGAUGAACAACAACGGCUUGUGUGUGAUUUGGGAGAGAAGGACGUCAUGAUUUUGCGUAACCAUGGCUUGCUUACUUGUGGACCAUCUGUUGGUGCGGCGUACUACCAUACCUACACGCUAUGUGCCGCAGCAGAAAUGCAAUCGCAUGCAUGCUCUAUGGCUUUCAACAAGGAUGAUUUACUCAUACCAGACAAUCGAUUUGUCAAGUUAAGCAUGGAUAGAGCUAAAGAUCUCAAUAAAGAACCAUUCGGUACUUUAGAAUUUGCCGCUGCUAUGCGUGAGCUUGACUAUGAUCAAGAUCAUUCUGCUUAUCCGGACUACCGAAAUUGA